AUGACACUUUGCCAGGUUUUCCCAGCGAGAACAAGGCGAAAAUAUCGCAAUAUCGUAUGUGUGUUGCUUUUUUACACGUGUGUCAUCAACGCUGUGUGGUACUGCGUUUUGUCAGAGUUGUGGAACCGGGAGGAAGUCAAAAAAUUGGCUCUACGGGAACUCCGUCGAUCUAAGGGUAUUCUUUACACGGAAUCAAUAAAGGACCAUCCCGUGGACUAUUUCAUCCACGGAAAGACGCCAAACUCGUCCGGCAUUAAAGUCCAAAUUGCGCUUGAAACGUCCGUACAGCAGACUAAAUAUCUGGUUCCGAUCUUGCUGGGGAAUCAGGGACCAAACAAUCAAAUGCAAAGCCUGAAGCUCUCAGCUGUCAUCGCGGCACACCGCGACAGGACGUUGGUUAGGACACCCUUCUUUGGGCAUUUCUCGCAAGACGAGUACAGCGUGAGAAAUUUCAACGAAACUCUGGAUGUUAGGUUGUUUAAUAAGCUCACCCCUACAGAGAGCAUUGAGGAUUUUUACAGGAACUGUGGCGGGAAAAUCGAUGUUGUGUUCAGCGGUGUUAACUGGAGCAGUAGCAUUACACAGAAUACUUAUAACAAAACUAUGACAUAUGUGAAUACGAAAAUGAAAAUCUGGUCGGAAAUUACGGGUAUUGACGUCCCCGACAUGUUGAACGAGCCUGAUAGGGUCAUUGACCUUCCAGAUAAUAUCCCCGAUGGAUACCACCCUCUCAGAACACUCAUUGACACCACCGACAUUUUUAAAAGCGACUCAAAGUGUGUCGGUAUCGCCUACCCCUAUGGAAUGCUGGGAAGGUUCUACUACCAUGACUACGUCAGCGUCCUCUCCAAAUACGUCACUCGCCCACCAGACAUCAGGCGUGCCACCAGUAGAUUUAUGCGAACUGUUUUACACAACAAACAAUUUCUCGGAUUCCAUUGGAGGUAUAACAAAGAAUGGACGUCACAAUGGUGUCACAGAAAUACUGAAAACGCAAAGCAAAAAUGUCGUCUGCUGGACCAGACUUCUAAUGACGUCAUUAUAAAGAGCGUGCAAAGUAUCGUGGACGAAUUCAACCUGGAAGCAGUGUACCUUGCAACACCACUCGGCGCUAAUGACCCACUUGUCAACGACCUUCUUACAAAGGUGCCAAAUCUAUAUACAAAGGAGGAUCUGUUCGAUUCCAACAUGAACGAACUGAAUACAUUAAAACACAAUAGCUACCGUUUAUCUUUAGUGGAGCAAGAACUUUGCAAACAAUCCACCGUGUUUCUUGCAAGUAGGCUGUCUUCGUGGUCUGAUAUUGUCGCUGAAGACAGAAAUCGUCGGCAGGUGAUGUAUGUGCCGGAUGUGCUGAAAACCUAGCAACAGCGCCCCACACGACGUAGAUUGGUGUUAUGUUGCAACAUAAUACGAUUAGCGACAUUCCAUGAUCGUGAAGUCUUGUGUAUAUAGUUUUUUUUUAAUAAAAUAAAAACGCAAAAAAUGAAGUAAUGAAUAUUACAA